CUUAAUCACCUGACAUCCUGUCUGCAACAGCACAAGACGGCGAAAUACUUUGACAGCUACGAGAAAACAGUCCGCCAACAAAAUCACCAUGACGAAAGGGCAGUACCAAUCGUCGCUAUCUACAGCACCAAUUGUGACAUGCAUGAAGACACUUUUGAUGGUGUUUAAUUUCAUCUUCUGGGUAACUGGCAUCGUUAUCCUGGCUAUUGGGAUAUGGACAAAGGUUGAUCUGUACAAGUACCUGGAACUGUCUUCUAUAUACCAGCCAGAGGCACCCUAUGUCCUGAUUGGGGUCGGGGCAGUCAUCGUCCUGGUUGGCUCCCUUGGGUGCUGCUGCACGGUCAAAGGAAACUCCUUCCUUCUGUAUAUGUAUUGUGGGUUUCUGUUCAUCGUUUUCAUCGUUGAACUCAGCGCAGGCAUUGCACUCCUCGUGUACAGAAACAAGCUCGAGAAGGGCUUCAAAGAAGGUCUAGGCAGCGCUAAGGAUAAGUACGGCAAGUCUGGAGAAGAUGAGAUCACUGAUGCCUUCAAUGACCUGCAGAAGACUUUGCACUGCUGUGGAAUUGACAACUACGAGGACUGGUAUAAAACCCCUUGGGAGCUGAAACAGAACACGACAAAGACAGUACCACUGUCCUGCUGCAAGAACCCAUCCUCGUGCAAAAACACAGAGCUCGGUGCUAACCCCACUGAUAUCUACAAGCAGGGCUGCCACCGGCUAGUCGUGGACUUCAUCAACGAUCACAUCGGACCCAUUGGUGGCGUUGCUCUUGGAAUAUCUUUCUUCCAGGUUCUGGGAGCUGUGCUGGCCUGCUGUCUUGCCAAGUCCAUCAACAAGGCUAAAUAUGAACAAGUUGCUUAAACACGUCCCACAACAGCGAGAAUCGAAUACAACAUGAAAUUAUCAAGGAGGGGACACAUCUGAACAUUAAAUGUCAACAUGUUUACAUGUCCUCAAUAUUUAGACUGAUGUACUGUUUCAUUUGAGCUUAUUCCUGAAACGAAAAAAAAUACACAAAUUGUAUACUUCAAUGUUAGCCAUAUAAUCAUCAUUGUCAGUAAAUCAAGAUUUUUUCGGCUGUUUACAGCAAUAUUUUGGACAGUUUUCUAAUGUUAUUUGUUCUGGCUUGCUGAAGUUCAAUCUUUGUAUCAUAACAGAAAUAAUGCAUUAAGAAAUAUAUGCAUAAAACUUUCUUGUGAUAGUCAUAUUUCUACAGACACUGUUAAAAACUUGGUGGACCAAGGUCUGAAUGACAAAUUCCUCAGUUCUGUACACUACCGAGUAAUAUGUCCAUGUUUUCUGUUAUCAAAUUCAGGUGGCAUACAUCAAACUUUUUUCCUCAUUAAAGGUCACAAUCAAAGAUAUCCUCACAUCAAGACCUCGAUCAUGGAAACAAGAAUGUUAUCUUUGAGACUUAGUGCUAAGGGACAUAACUCUGUCUCAUCCUAGGGAAAGGAUGGAAACUAUGUACUUAAACCUUAGGUGACAGUUUCAUUUGUGUUUCAGUGGACAGAACAAUUUCAGUGACGGAUUAUUUUGGCCGUAAUGUCAAGAUGCAGGAGCACGUAAAAAAAUUUCAAAUGUGUUUUCGGAUGAUUUGAGAUUAAUAACUUCUUAGCAUUGCAAUUAGAAGUUGGUGUGAUGAACAAUGAGGAAACUUCUAUGGAUAUGCAACUUCCUUAUAAUUUGAGCGACAUUUUGGUGUAGCUGGUAACACUUGCUUGAUAACAGUCUUAGCAGGUCCACCGAAACAUCACUUGUUUAUUCACAGAACUUUCCUUGUUGACAUAAAUACACAGACGAAGUUGAAUGUGCAGUCAUCAAGCUAGGAAUUAAGAAUUGUUACAAAUAAGACUAGUUUUCUAUUCCGUCAUUGAAUGAGAAUAUUAUCAAACAAAUGUCCAAGAUGGCAUCUUUUCAAUUAAAAAUUGUCUGAAUUUUGUUGCAAGAUGAGAUAAGGUUCUUUAUAAAGCAAAAGUCAUAAGUAUUUUAACAGCAGCUUUCACUGAUGUGUGUCGUUUGUAGUGUAUAACAUUAUAAAGAAUGAAGGGGUCUUGUUUGAUGGUUUAUAUACCAGGUACAACAUCAACAUGUUAUCAAUAUAUACUGAAAAUAUAAGUUUGGGAUCAUGAAUAUGUUUUAUCCCUAAAUUAUUUUGUUCAGUAUAUAUGUAACUAACCUAUAAAAUUUCAAGACAAAACAAAUACAAGCAAUCAACUUGUUUUUUAAAUAUUUCUUGUAGAUUUAAGAAAGUAAAUUUUAUCUCUAACAUCUUAAAAUCUAGAUUUAUCCAAUUUUGUAGUGCAGUAUAUGUGUUGGUUUUGAUAGAUAGCUGUUAUCCAUAUAUAAUCAAAUUUAUUAUCUACAUUUUUUACAAGAAUGUUUAUUAUGAGAUGUGUAAUGAAUGUCCAACAUUCCAUUUUGAAGCCAGUGUUUUGGAGGUACCUCAUGCUGGGUAGUAUAUCUCAAUGUACAUCCCUGUGAGCUUUGAGCUGGUAGUGCUGUUUGUUCUGUGCCUUGAACAUGACCCAUCCGUCAAUGCUAUGUGGGAGCUGCCUUGCCCCCUCCCCCUUCUUGGGUCCACCCAUACUGCUGGCCCCAACCAUUUCUUGGCUCCACCCAUGCUGUUAGCCCCAACCCUUUCUUGGCUCCACGAAUACUAUUGGCCCCAACCCUUUCUUGGCUCUGCCCAUACUGUUGGCCCCAACCCUUUGUCUUGCCAACUGAGUCCCUGUCAUGCUCAGCCAUUCUCUUUCUUGCUCAUGUCCAAGCACUUCCUUAAGUCCACCUAUUUACCUGUAUAAUGUACACCCACUCAUAAUGCCACACAGUCAUUACUUUAGAGAAA